AUGGAAUAUUUAUUUAAUCAAGAAUAUGGAAUAGAAAUGAAUUCAUAUGAUAAGAAACGCUUCAAAAAAUAUGAAGCUGAAAACUAUUCAUUGGAUGUUCAUGAGAAAGGCACAAUUUACUAUUCCAUUAUGCAUGAUGACAUAAAAUCAUUUAUUUCAUUCACAGAAAGAGGAGAUUUUAAUAAAAAUCAGAAGCUUGCAAAUGAACUGUAUCCUGAUUCAAAAGAAGGAUAUUCAUUACUUGAAUUAUGUUGUUAUCAUGGAGCUAAAAAUUGUUUUAAGCUUUUACGAUCUAAGUUUAAUUCAGAAAUCACUCCACAAUGUCUCUCUUUUUCAUUUUUGAGUGGAAAUCCAGAUAUCAUGAAUGAAUGUUUGAAAAAAGAAGUUCCAGAUGAUAAAACUAUGAGUUAUGCAAUUUUUUCACACAACAUUGAUUUUGUUUCUUUCUUGGUUAGCGAAUAUGAAAUUGAUAUUGAUUUAGAAGAUUGUUGCAGGUAUGGCAACAUUCAAGCAUUCUUUAUUUACCUUGACAGUACAAAAGACUACAGAAAUUGCUUUAUCUAUUCUCCUUUGUUUUCAGAACCUUCUCUUGUCAAAUAUUUCAUUUCAGAUAAAAUCGAUGUUAAUUCCAAGUGCAAAAGUGGGAAAACAAUACUCCAUCAUGCAGCUAUGAGCUCACAAAGAGAAAUAAUAGACUAUCUUAUUUCACUUGGCGCAGAUGUUAAUUUAAGAGACAAUCGUAGAAAUACACCACUUCAUCUAGCCGCAUCAAGUGAUAGAGUUGAGAAUGUUGAAUCUCUUAUUUCUCAUAAAGCAAAUAUUAAUUCGAGGAAUUCGUUCAAUUCGACACCAUUACAUCUUUCAAUACUUGGUCAAUGCAAAGAAAUAUCAAAAGUACUUAUAUUGCAUGAUGCAAGUGUCAACAUCAAAGAUAUAAAUGGAUGCACAGCUCUCCAUUAUUCGGCUCGUUUUAAUUGUAGUGAAACUGUUGAACUUCUCAUUAAACACGAUGCCAAUAUCAAUGAAAAAGAAAUGAAUGUAAAAAUUCCUCUUCAUUAUUCAGCUAUGCAAAAUUCUAAGGAAUCUGCAGAGAUUCUUAUUUCAAACGGAUCAAAUGUUAAUGAAAGAGAUUUGGACGGACGGACACCUCUUCAUGACGCAGCGCAAUAUAAUAGUAAAGAGACUGCAGAAGUUCUAAUAUCUCAUGGUGCUAACAUCAAUGAAAUGGACAGCCAUGGGCUAUUACCAAUUUAUAUUGCAUCGGGUAAUAAUAGCAUUGAGACACAAGAAUUCCUCAUGUUACAAAUGGAAAAUGCAAACGGAAAAAAUCAGAUUGAAGAGAUGACAUUCGAAAUUGCAGCUUCAAAAAAUAAUAAAGAAAUAAUUCAGCUUUAUAUUUCACACGGAGGAAAUAUUAAUGAGGAAGGUACAAAUGGGUGGACUCUACUUACUUUUGCCGCAUCAUUUAACAAUAAGGAAACAGUAGAAUUUCUUAUUUCAAAUGGAGCCAAUAUAAAUCACAAAGAUGUAUUUGGAAUGACCGCUCUUCAUCAUGCAGCAAAACAUAAUAGUAAAGAAAUUACAGAAAUUCUGAUAUCAAAUGGCGUAAAUGUUAAUGAAAAAGAUAAUGAUGGACGCACUCCUCUUCAUUAUGCUGCAGAAAGUAACAGUAUAGAAACAAUAGAAGUUCUUAUUUCAAAUGGAGCAAAUAUCAACGAAAAAGAUAAUGAUGAAUUAAGUGCUCUUCAUUAUUCAACGAAAAAUAAUUGUCAAGAACUUGCAGAAAUAUUAAUUUAUCUCGGUGCAAAUAUUGAUGAUCGAGAUAAAAAUGGAAUGACAGUUCUACAUAGAGCUGCCAUCAACAAUAGUAAGGAAAUAGCAGAACUUCUUAUUACCAAUGGUGCAGAUGUUAAUAUCAAAGAUAAUAAUGGAUGUACUGCUCUCCAUUUUGCCGCACAACAUAACAGUAAAGAAGUAGCUGAAAUUCUAAUUAAUAAUGGAGCAGAUAUUAAUGCAAAAGAUAAUGAUGGAUGUACUGCCCUUCAUUUCGCCGCAAAAAAUACCAGUUUAGCUGUUGCAGAAAUUCUUGUCGCCAAUGAUGCUAAUAUCGAUGAAACAAAUAACUAUAGACAAACAGCUUUUGAUUUUGCCAAAGAAAAUAUGCUUAAACAGAUGACAAACUAUAUAAAUAAAUAUCGCUUUUGA